AUGUCUCCCUCGGAUGCUAACAAAGACCACGAAUCUCGCUCUGACUCCGCGAGGGAAGUCGACAGAGAAAAAGAGAGGGAAAAGGACAAGGGAACCAAGGUCAAAGGACCUUCCAAAACCAAGGAUCUCUCCCAUGUACCCUGUAAAUUUUUCAAGGUCGGGUCCUGUACGGCCGGUUCAUCUUGUCCGUUCUCACACAACAUCCUGGAGCCUGGACAACAGAAAGAGAUUUGUGCGUGGUUUGUCAAAGGCAACUGCAAGUUCGGACACAAGUGUGCUUUGGCGCACAUUCUUCCCGGUCAGAGCAUGUCCAUGGACAGGAAGAAUAAAAAGGCCGCCCAGCUCGCUGCGAAUGCUUCUAAUGCCGGCGGCGGAACUGGUCGGGACGGAUCGAAAGGUGGUGGACGGCAGAAGGGUGCUACUCAUGGUGGUGGAGGCGGUGGCUCGCAGACUCGUAAUACCCUAUUAUCAGGAUCUACCGCGCCGACCCGCACGCUAUCGGGCGCCUCUCGUUCCACCAUUCCAAUGACACUGAAGGCGACUCUCUCUCCACCGACCCCUGCUCCCCCGGUGAAGGAUACAGAUUUCGUCUCGUUUGGUUUGCCGGACGAAACCAACCCUCUCCCGAGCGCGCCUGCGCAAGGGAAAUCUUCAACGGUACAGACUCCAUCCGAGCCUCCACCCAGUACCCACGACACACCACAAGAAGUCACACCCAAAGCGCAAGGUUCACCAAAUCCGGACGAUUCAGUGCCGUCACCCAUUCCGACAAGCACCCCUACAGCCCCGCGGCGUGUCGGCGACACUCAGCGUGUAGCUCCCAAUAACGUGGACUUUGGCCCGAUCGGUUCUCCUCCUCGUCCUUCUCCUAGUAAUCGAACGUCUCGCGUUAAUGGCUUCUCACCAGGAACAUCUCCACAUGGCCCAGGCAUUUCGAGCUCGCCGUUUUCCGCACCUGGGACCCAGUCUGCAUUUGCAGUUUACGACAGUGACGAUACAUCACUUGGCUUCACAGCCAGGUCCGGCUUGUCCGCCUCCCUUGGGGCGAUGAUGAACAGGACUAGCGAUAGAAGCUAUGCGCACAAUCGCCCAAGCGGGCUUGUGCAAGCUGUUGCCAGUGAGGUAGUCGUAGAAGAUGAGGACCUCGAGGAGUUCUUGCCUAGCUCACUGACAGACCUUCUCACUCCGGAAGAACGGUCGAGACGUUUCUCGCGUACUAAUGGUACGCGUCCGACUGUCUCAGGUGUUGAAAGAGACAUGGCUGCGGGACAUCGUCCAGUUACCGAAGGGCAUCAUCGGUACUCCCGCUCGGUGCCUGCGCCUUCGUUACUCCAGGACCUCAAAUCUAUCUGGGCGGAUGACGGUGCUGCCGGCGUAGGCUCUCCCGGGGUAGGCGGUUCAGCCCUGAGCGGCACUGGCAGUGGUCUGGGAAAUGGUACUCCCAGCUCGUUCCAAUCUAAUUCGGGCCUUGUAGGGAGACCCUCAGGAGAAGAUAUACUCUCCCCUUCGAAUGCUUCCGCCGCUUUCUUACCCGGGCUCCAUUAUAAUUACCUCAAUUCGACAGCUCAGCAUGCCAAUCUACUAUCUGGCACACCGUCCGUGUAUCCUUCCACCAAUGUAUCCCACAACAUGUAUUCCGGUGCCUACGGAGCUGGUCUCAAUGGUGGUACGCUCUCGCCACCUCGCACUGACGCAUUCGGUAGCCGCCCAUCAUUUGAUACCCCCUCCUCUGACCUGUACUUUACUCCAGUAUCGCAUCGCCGUGCCCCAGGUCGCCCUAUACCUGGCGGAAAUGACGCUUGUGCACCGGAUGUAGACGAUCGGCGGAAUGCCCUCUCUCCCUCCGCUCGGGCAUUACAGUCUCACGCUCCAGGCCAAAGUCUGCCCCAGGGUCUCGCUGCGGGGUACUCUAGAAUCCACGCACUACCACCUCCUAUCAUCGCAUCUCCCUCGACUUCGGGCGCAUUCAAUGUCGGCCAGGGCGGAUAUUCACCAAAUGCAAGGGUACUCGGCCAUUCGCAGAGUGCAUCUGGUGACUGGCAUAGUGCGUCGUCAAGUGCGGUGGGUGCGCUGGAUCACGCACCAGUGUCCCAAGUCGCCGCUCAGACCACUACGAGCGCCAUGGGAGGUUUGGAAGCUAUGUUUUCGCGUCUGUCGUACUCGGCUGCCACAUCGCGUGGAGGCGGGGCGCCAGCUGGCAUCGGCUCGCGCAAUCCGAGCGGACGGGGAUAUGCUGGCCAAGGCUCGCUGAGCCCGUUGAGUGGCCCGGUACUCACAGGUGACGAUGACGAUCUCUUCAGUAUGGACGGUUGA